UCAAUCCUACUCCACUUCCUUCUCGCCAAAGUUGGCAGCCCCCCCAAACCCGAAAGCGAGCUGCGUCCCAGUUGCCCUCCAAACUCCAUCCAAGCUUCACCUCCUCCCCUCAACAAAGCCAAAGCCAAAGCCAAAGCCAAAGCCAAGAACAGCAGCUCUUUUCCCUCCCCCCCCCCGGCACCCCCAGAUCCCAGCCGCCACGCGCCCCAGCAGAUUCCUCCACAAGCCAGAUCGGAUCGCCCCGCCCCCACGGGCGAAUCUCCAUUGCAUCCGUCGGUGCCAAGUUCGGAUGCCGGCGGCGGCAAAUCUAGUCUAGCCUAGCUUAACUAGCAGGCAGCAAGAUCGGGCCGAGACGAGGGCCACGAGGAUGAUGAAGCCGCAGCACGGCGCGGCCGGCGGCGGGCACGGGAGGCGGACCCCGUUCCUGACCUCGUACGCGCUCACGCUCGCCUUCAUCACCUUCGUCUCCGUGCUCUACUUCAAGGACUUCUCCUCCACGCUCCACCAGCCCUUCCUCCACCACCCGCCGCCCCGCCGCCCCCACCACCCCAGGCCCCAUCCCCAUCCCCACGGCGGCGGCAAGGUUGGAGUUGGACCGGUGGUGGUGGAGAAGAAGGCCGCCGCCGCCGCGGAGCGGAGCUCUACCAUCCAGCCGCGGGGUCGCUCGGCGGCGGCGGCGGUGUCGCUGCCGUUCGCGGUGGGGCGUGCGGCGGCGGGGUGCGACGUGUCCCGGGGCGAGUGGGUGUACGACGAGGCGGCGCGGCCGCUGUACCAGGAGGAGGAGUGCCCCUACAUCCAGCCGCAGCUGACCUGCAAGGCGCACGGCCGCCCCGACACCGCCUACCGCCACUGGCGGUGGCAGCCCCGCGGCUGCGACCUCCCAAGCUUCAAUGCAACUCUGAUGCUGGAGAUGCUGCGGGGCAAGCGCAUGCUGUUUGUUGGGGAUUCUCUCAACCGUGGGCAGUACGUGUCGUUGGUCUGCCUCCUGCACCGGGCUAUUCCCGAGAGCUCCAAGUCCAUGGAAACAUUUGACUCACUCACAGUUUUCAGAGCAAAGGACUACAAUGCCACGAUUGAGUUCUAUUGGGCCCCCUUUCUAGCUGAAUCAAAUUCCGACGAUGCUGUUGUUCACCGUGUCACGGAUAGAAUAGUAAGGGGCACAGCCAUUGAAAAGCACGCCAAGUUUUGGACAGGAGCUGACGUUGUGGUAUUCAAUACCUACCUUUGGUGGAUGACCGGACAAAAGAUGAAAAUUCUGCAAAAUUCCUUUGAAGAUAAGAACAAGAACAUCAAAGAAAUGGAAACAGAGGAUGCCUAUGGCAUGGUACUGAAUGCCGUGGCGAAAUGGGUCGAGAACAACAUGGACCCCAAAAGUUCCAGAGCAUUUUUUGUCACUAUGUCACCUACUCAUACUCAGAGCAAAGAUUGGGGCGACAAUUCUGGUGGAAACUGCUACAACCAAACAACCCCAAUCAAAGAUUUGUCUUACUGGGGACCAGGCACUAGCAAGGGCCUGAUGCGGGUUAUCGGAGAAGUGUUCAGCGCAUCCAAGGUCCCCGUUGGGGUCGUCAACAUCACACAGCUGUCUGAGUACCGCAAAGACGCACAUACCCAGAUAUACAAGAAGCAAUGGAAUCCGCUGACCCCGGAGCAGAUUGCGAACCCUAAGAGCUACGCGGACUGCACCCAUUGGUGCCUCCCAGGACUCCAGGACACCUGGAACGAGCUGCUCUACGCGAAGCUCUUCUUUCCCUGAGCAUUAGGAAGAACCUUUGGUCCGGAGAAUCAACGCCCGUAUCCGGCACACAAGAGCUGAUCACCCCUUUGACUGAAAGAGGUCCAGGACAAACACCUGGCCCAAGUAAGUUCCUAGGAGUAUAGUAUAUAUCAUCUGGGAAGGGUCUGAUCUGCCGAAGAAGGGUUAGUGUAGCUAACAUCGUACAGGUUGCAACACUCUGAGGAGUGGAGAAUAUAUACGCGGUGCGUGGUGCGCGAGCUGAGGUUUUGUGGUUGCCUGUUGAAAUGGCCAAUUGCUGAUAAUGUACCACAUUCCUCUUUCACUGUUGAUGCGUCUAAGUGGCAUGAUUUGUAAGCAUAAGCAUGAUUCUUUUAUUCAACAUGAAUGCCAAAUUCUGGUCACCUAUA